AUGCCCCGCGCACCCAACCCCGAGCCAGACGGAACCAUCAAGCCGAGAAUUCCAAGACUUUUGUCCAACUCAUCAACAUCGUGGCCGCGCGCCCACCUUACCACCGUACCUAGGUCCGCUUGGGGAGACCGUAGCUUUGUUGGCAGUUGCUGGAGAGCGUUGGGCCGGUUCUUGGUGUGGAGGGGUGGCAGGACUACGCUGUACCGGGCAACAUCGGCACUGGCACCAACAAACGCACCUCUCGGUAUCAAAGUUGAGGUGAGCGUCGAACAAAUUAAAGGAAAGCCGGCAAGGUGGAAGAUUGGUGAAGAUGCCCCGCUCACCCCCGACCAGGCUAUUCGUUCCAGAAUCCAGCCAGCCCAGCAGCAGCAGCAACAGCAGCAGCAGCAGCAGCAUCAACCCACCCACGUCUGCGACCUGCGGCCUGCGGCCUGCCCUGGGUUGUUCGGUACCUUGGUGCCUGCCAGUACACACGGAAGCACUCUUGCUUUCCGCACAAUCCAAGGACCAAGGGAACAUGGCUGGACGUUCUUGACCUUCCGGGUUAGGCCAUGUCCUCCAGCUAGCACUGCACCAGGCUAUCUCAAGCACCCCAACGCCAACCGAUCAGGCGCCAUCCAUCCCUCUGGAACAGUAACCACCCCGUCCAAGUCCAAUCAUUGCUAA